GCGGCCAUGUAGCUGUAGUUCCUCACAGGAUGCAGGGGGUUUAAACUGUUUUCUCUCCUGUAGGAGUAAAACACUGAGUUUCUCCUUUUCACGCAGAGCAGCAGGUUACAGAGAUGAUUAAUGAAUCUUCCUGAUCCUGAUAUUUCCAACACUACAAAGCUGAAGUUCUCUUCAUCUCAAUACUCUGGGUUUUUACUUUAAUGCCUUGUUUUUUUAUUUUAUUUCUCCUUCUGGAAUAUAAAAGCUGCUUAAUGCCUCGUCAGAUCUGCACAGAUGGAUCACAGGUCUCAGUCUCCCUUGUGUGAGAAUAAAGACAAACCUCCAUCUGUUACCCACAAUCCAUCUGACCGAGUGUCCAGCCAAUCAGAUCACAUGGAAACUCCAACCACUUCCUGUGAGUCGUUCAGGCCCAGAUUCAGGCCUGUUGAAGAAGCUCGAGAGAAGCUGAAGUUCAUUCUGAUUUUAAAAAUAUAUACGCUUCUGACCGGCGGAGAUCAGCAUUAAGGACGUUGGGGGGAGUCAGGGCGGUUUCGGGCAGCACUGGACUGUGACUGGAGCACUGAUGGCAGGAAAUGACGGUAGCUCUGGUAGCGAUCCGGAAAUGGAAGAUGAAUCGUGCAGCGGGAGUGCAGGAGGGAAUCAAUGGUGGAAAGUUGUGAAUCGGAAAAGGAAGAAAGCUAAUAGUCAAGGAUCAUUUACGGAUAGUGGAAAGGAGGAUUCCGUGAGUAGGAAGAACAUAGAAGUAUAUAAAGUCAUGAUGAAAUUUGCAGAAUCGGGUAGGACGAUAAACCCUAUUAAACUGACAAAAUCUCUUGAUAAAGCUUUAGGAGUAAUCCAUAGUGCAAAGACUCUGAGAGAUGGUAACCUGAUUAUUAUGUGUAAAGAUGAAAAACAACAAAAGAAGGCUUUAGCUAUAACGUCGAUGCUUGGACUCUCGGUGUCAUGCACACUGAUGAAAUCUAUACCUUGGGUUAGAGGAGUAAUAACUGGGAUUCCUACUGAUGUGGGUACAGAUAAAAUUAAAAGUUGUGUUGAAGGAGGGAAGGUAGUUGGAGCAAAACGGCUUCAGUUUGUGAAAAAUAAAGAACGGCAGGACAGUCUAUCAGUAAUGCUUCAGUUUGAUGAGGAACGACUUCCAGAGAGGGUAAAAAUAGGAUACGUUAGUUAUCCGGUAAGACCUUACGUGCCUCCUCCGCUUAGGUGCUUCAAGUGCCAGAAGUAUGGCCAUGUUAGUGCUGUUUGCAGAGGACGUCAACGUUGUGCGAGAUGUGGGGGUGAACAUGAAUAUGGUAAAUGUGGCGAAGGAAUAAAGGCAAAAUGCUGUAAUUGUGGAGGUGAGCAUAGUGCUGGCUUUGGGGGAUGUAUUGCUCACAAACAGGCUGUGAAAAUUCAAAAUGUAAGAAUAUCUGAAGGGUUAACUUAUGCUGAAGCAGCACAAAAAACAAAACAAAAGGAGCAAAUUCUGAAAGACGAAAAAGUUCAAGAACGGUCUGGAAGUACUUGUGAUCAUAGUAAGGCAAAAGACGAUGUCUUGGUGAUUGGGAAAUUGGAAUUUGUUUCGUUUAUGGCUGAAGUGGUAAACUGUUCUGCUCAAACAGAAAGCAGAACAGAGAGAAUUAAAAUCAUAAUAAGGGCAGCUGAGAGAUACUUGGAAGUGGCAGGAGUUACAUUGGAAAAAAUAAACGACAUGCUAAAGACUCAAUCAAGUACUCAAAUGGUAUGUGGGAAUACCUGAUAACAAUAAUGGUUUUAACAAUUCUUCAAUGGAAUGCCAGAAGUCUUAAUGCGAAUGGAUCAGAAUUUAAAGAGUUUAUGGAUCAAAUAGAUGAGAAACCAAGCAUAAUUUGUCUACAAGAAACAUGGUUGAAUCCUAGAUUAAACUUUGUUCUGCAAGGGUACCAAAUUGUUAGGAAUGAUAGAAAGGAGGGUAAUGGAGGUGGAGUGGCAACUUUUAUAAUAAAUGAAUUAGAUUACAGAGUUAUUAGUGAGACUGACGAGUUUGAAUUGGUGGUUAUAGAGAUAUUUGCAGAGAAACAUAAUAUUAGAAUAAUUAACUAUUAUAAUCCUUGUAGUAGAUUAAGUGUGGAUCUAGGAAAGGUUAUAGGGUCAGGGGAUCAUAAAGUAAUUUGGUGUGGAGAUUUUAAUGCACAUAGCACUUUGUGGGGAAAUAGUAAAGAUGAUUAUAAUGGACAUGUUGUUGAAGAAUUAUUAGAUAGUAAUAGGUUAGUUUGUCUUAAUGAUGGCAGAAACACAAGAAUAGAUUUGGUACGUGGUAUUGGGUCAGCUAUAGAUUUGACGUUGGUUUCUGAAAGUAUAGCUAGCAAAUGUGUAUGGGAUGUUUGGGAAGAUAAUAAUAUGGGUAGUGAUCACUUUAUUGUUGUAUGUAAGGUAGGGAUAAGUGUAAUAGUACGUAAUGUACUUUUAGCUCCAAGAUGGAGAUUCGGUAAAGCAAAUUGGGAAGCAUAUAAGUAUCUAAGUGAAGUAGAACUAUCAUCGUUAGACCUGAAUAAGAUGGGAGAUGUAGAUGAAUGUAAUGGAGAAAUAUGUAGAGUAUUGUAUAAAGUAGCAGAUAAUGUUAUAGGGAAAAAGGGGCCAUGUAAAAAGAAGAAAGCAGUUCCUUGGUGGACAGAUCAGUGUAGUGAGGCUAUACACAGUAGGAAUAAAGCAUUUAGACAAAUUAAAAGGUCUAAAUUGUUUGAAGAUUUUAUUAAGUAUAAGAAAGCUCAAGCUGUUGUAAGAAGAAUAGUGAGAGGAGCUAAAAAGAAGUACUGGAGAGAUUGGUGUGCAACAAUAGGAGAGGAUAUUGAUGUAAGUGAAGUAUGGGGAUCAAUUAGGAAAAUGGGAGGAAUUUAUAGAAACCGUACUUUACCUGUUUUAAAAAAUGAUGAAGGAAGUAUAGCAGUGACAGAUAAUGAAAAAGCUGAAAUGUUAGCUAAAGUUUUUGUUAAGGUUCAUAGUGAUACAUUAUUAUCGGAGGAUGUUAAAUUGAAUAGAGUUCAGAACAAAAAUAAAUAUCCAGAUUUGAUGAUGAAAAGAAGUCCUUCUGGUGAGGCUAUGGAUGCGGAUUUUACUAUGUAUGAAUUGAAGAUGGCACUAGGGGGAGUCAAACAUUCGUCUCCUGGAAAGGAUGAUAUGUGUUAUGUCAUGAUUCAACAUCUAUCAGAUAGAUCUUUGAAUAUUAUUUUAAAUCUAUUCAAUAAGGUAUGGAAUGCAGGAAAGAUUCCUUCUUCAUGGAAGCAUGGAAUAAUAGUACCGGUUGGCAAGCCUGGUACGGAUAAAUCUAAUCCAAAUAAUUAUAGGCCUAUUGCUUUAACUUCUAAUUUAUGCAAGCUGAUGGAAAAGAUUAUUAUACGAAGGCUGAAUUAUGUAUUGGAAUUAAAAGGUCUCCUAUCACCUUAUCAGAGUGGAUUUAGGGCAGGUCGUAAUACCAUGGAUGCUGUUUUGAGUUUAGAAGCAGAUAUUAGAAAAGCCCAAGCAAAUAGAGAAGUAUUGGUAGGGGUUUUAUUUGAUAUUGAGAAGGCAUAUGAUAUGCUUUGGAAAGAAGGACUUUUAAUCAAACUUAAAUGCAUGGGAAUUGGAGGAAAGUUAUACAACUGGAUUAUGGACUUUCUUAUGGGAAGGACAAUUCAAGUUAGGAUAGGAGUAGAGUAUUCAAUGACCUACAAAAUAGAUAAUGGAACUCCCCAAGGAAGUGUAUGCAGCCCAGUAUUUUUUAAUGUUAUGAUUAAUGACAUUUUUUGCAAUAUUAAGAGUGACAUUGGAAGGGCAUUGUUUGCAGAUGAUGGGGCAAUAUGGAAGAGAGGACGUAAUAUUGCAUGUGUGACCCGAGGACUACAAAAAGCUGUAGACGAAGUGGAGGUAUGGGCAAAUAAUUGGAGUUUUAGAUUAUCAGUGGCUAAAACACAAGUUAUAUGUUUUACAAAAAGGAAAAAUGUACCAGAAUUUAAAUUAAAGUUAUACAAUCAGGAACUGGGGCAAGUCCCGGUAGUUAAAUAUCUUGGUGUGUGGAUGGAUACUAGAUUGACGUUUGCAACUCAUGUUACUAAGUUGGUUGAUAAAUGUAAGAAAGGAGUGAACAUUUUAAGAUGUUUAUCCGGGGUAGAAUGGGGAGCUUGUAGAUUAUCCUUGAAAAGAAUUUACUGUACUUUAAUUAGACCAAGUUUAGAUUAUGGAAGUGUUAUUUUUGGAUUCGCAUCUGAAUCUAUUCUGAAAAAGGUUGAAACAAUGCAGAACCAAGCUUUAAGAAUAUGUUGUGGGGCUUUUAAAACAUCUCCCAUUGCAGCUAUGCAGGUAGAGGUAGGGGUAGCUCCUUUACGCUUUCGUAGGUUUCAAAUGAGAAUGAACUAUUGGGUGAAUUUGAAGGGACAUAAAAAGUCUCAUCCGGUGAAGGGGGUGACUGAAGAAUGCUGGGAGCAUGGUAAUGAACAUAUUAAAAGCUUUGGAUGGAUUGCUAAUAGAGAAGCAGAAGUAGUUGGUUUUUCUAACUGCGAUAUAAGUCCAACUGUGAUAGUAUCCGAAAUUCCACCAUGGUUUUUUCCAAUGCCUAAUGUAGAUUUUCGAAUACAAGAUAAAUUGAAGAAUGAGGAGGGUACCCCUAAAAACAUCAUUGCGCAACAGUAUGUAGACCAGAAUUAUUCACCAUGGUUACGUGUAUUCACAGAUGGGUCUAAAGACCCUAUCUCUGGUAGAACUGCUGCUGCAGUAUAUAUUCCACAAUUUCGUACUAGUGUUAAAAAAAGGAUAACUGAUCAUGUAUCUGUCUACGCAACAGAAUUGAUUGCUAUGGUGGUAGCCCUCCAGUGGAUAGAGGAAGUAAAACCAAGCUUGGUGGUAAUCUGUUCUGAUUCCUACGCAGCAUUAUCGAGUCUUGCGAGUGGACUAAAAUCAUCGAGACAAGACAUUAUAUACGAGAUACUUGCAAGUUUAUUAAGAAUCGGCAAAGAAAGUUUGAUAACAUUUUUGUGGGUUCCUGCUCAUGUGGGAGUGGAGGCAAACGAAGUGGUUGAUAAGCUAGCUAAGGAAGCUCUGAAAUGCUCAGAGAUAGAUAUUCAUGUGUCUCUAAGCAAAAAUGAAGUUAAAGGGAAAAUGAAAGAAUUCAUGAAUAACAAAUGGCAAGAGGCAUGGAAUGGUGAUAGCAAAGGUCGGUUUAUGUAUAAUAUUCAACAGCAAGUAGGAAAUGGAAGAUAUGUUGUCAGGAACAGAAAAGAAGAUACAUUUAUUUCACGUACAGUAUACGAAUAGGUCAUGCUGGGUUAAAUCAUUCUCUGUUUAAGAUAGGUAAACAUGAAUCGGGCCAAUGUGCUUAUUGUAAUCAGCCAGAAACCAUAGAACAUGUUUUAAUAACAUGUAAAAAAUAUGAAAGAGAAAGGUUAAAACAAACUAAUGAAGUUAAAAAGUUGGGUGUUGAAUCAUUCAAUGUGAUAGGCCUGUUGAAAAAACAAGAAA